GGCGGGCUUCUCACGUGACUGUCCGCGGGAUGGACCGCCAGCUGCCCGCAGAGGAGCAGGAGGAGCAGGAGGAGCAGGAGAGCCAGGGUGGCACGGCCCCAGGGCACCGGCCGGAGGGACCCCCGCCGUCUGCAGAAUUCCCGAAGCCCCAGGCAAGCAAGCUGAGGGAGCCAGAAGGGUUUCGAAUGCAGAUGCCUCAGGGAAACCCGCUGCUGCUCUCUCACACGCUUCAGGAGCUGCUGGCCAAGGACACCAUCCAGGUGGAGCUCAUUCCGGAGAAGAAGGGCCUCUUCCUGAAACAUGUGGAGUAUGAGGUUACCAGCCAGCGCUUCAAGUCGUCUGUGUACAGGCGAUACAACGACUUUGUGGUGUUCCACGAGAUGCUGCUGCAGAAGUUUCCAUACCGCAUGGUGCCUGCACUUCCACCCAAGAGAAUGCUGGGAGCUGACAGAGAAUUCAUAGAGACCAGACGGAGGGCAUUGAAACGCUUCAUUAACCUCGUGGCUCGACACCCUCCUUUCUCAGAAGAUGUGAUCCUGAAGCUCUUUCUUUCUUUCAGUGGUUCAGAUGUGCAAAACAAGCUGAAGGAAUCUGCCCAAUGUGUUGGAGAUGAAUUCAUGAUUUGCAAACUGGCUACUCAGGCCAAGGAUUUCCUCCCAGCUGACAUUCAGGCCCAGUUUGCUGCCAGCCGAGAGCUGAUUAGAAAUAUCUACAAUAGUUUCUAUAAACUGCGAGAUCGUGCCGAAAGGAUUGCCUCUCGGGCCAUUGAUAAUGCUGCCGAUCUUCUCAUAUUUGGGAAAGAACUAAGUGCAUUAGGCUCUGACACAACACCACUACCCUCCUGGGCCACUCUGAACAAUAGCACAUGGGGGACCCUAAAACAAGCCCUUAAAGGCCUAUCGGUUGAAUUUGCCUUACUUGCUGAUAAGGCUGCACAACAGGGUAAACAGGAAGAGAAUGAUGUUGUGGAGAAGUUGAACCUUUUUCUGGAUUUGCUCCAGUCCUAUAAAGAUCUGUGCGAGAGGCAUGAAAAGGGAGUGCUACACAAGCACCAGCGAGCUUUGCACAAGUAUAGCAUGAUGAAGAAGCAGAUGAUGAGUGCCACAGUGCAGAACAGGGAACCAGAGUCCGUGGAGCAGCUGGAGUCCCGAAUUGUGGAGCAAGAAAAUGCAAUCCAGACCAUGGAGCUCCGGAACUACUUCUCUUUGUACUGCCUGCAUCAAGAGACACAGCUAAUCCAUGUAUACCUGCCUCUGACAUCCCACAUUUUAGGAGCCUUUGUCAAUUCUCAAAUCCAGGGCCACAAAGAGAUGAGUAAAGUUUGGAAUGAAUUGAAGCCCAAGUUAAGCUGCCUCUUCGUUGGACCCAACAACAUGCCAACUCCACCACGGUCACCACAGGAGGACAACUUAUUCUCCCAUUAGUGCCUGGAAAGGACUAUCUGGGCAGGGGCAUUCUGACUAAAAUGGGACUUCUAAAUAGUAUCUUUUCCUUCCCAGAAUAUAAUUGCCACUCUGAGGGGCUCUCCAGUUUAAACCGAUUGGAACUUGAGCAUAAAAGCGUCAUUCUCUAAAUGGCAAUCCCUUCUGUUUCCACCCCUUUUAUUUUCCAGUGCUCAAGGACAAGGCUGUGGGGCAGGUGGGGGCAAUGGGAAUGCUUUGGGAUGCGGGUUGCCGGGGACUGUAGGCCCGUUCAUGUUUUGUACUGCCUGGUCUCCUUACCUUCCCCACAUCCCCAAAUGUACACACUCGGACAUUCCAGGCAAGAGACAACUGACCUCCUAUGGAAGUAGCAUUGUCCCACUGCCUCUACCCUCUGGGCCCCAGAGACUAAGGAAGGAGUUUGUGUAAGAAAAGACAUCAGGGAGAGCGUUAGCCUCCUGGAAACAAAUGAAUGAAGGUAUUUUGCAACUUUCAGGACUUAUUCCUUAGGCAGGAUUAACUUCUUGGGUGAGAUAAUGGCAGUAUUUUUUCUUUCAAGGAGACUUUUUACAGUGACAGGUGUGGAAAGUGAGAGAUGUAAUGCUACAGAAAACUUCUGCGCGAAUUCAUCCACUUGGAAUUUUUUUUUUAUACUGUAUGAAGGUGUAGGAAUUGGGGAAGUGUAGGGGAUUCUGUCGGUGCAGGAAGCCAGUCGGAAGACACAAAGAGUGUCCAUGGAGUGAGCAACAAGCAAUAUUCUUGGCAGCUCAACACGUGGUAGGAACUUGAGUGUCGAUGAGACUCGUGUCUUUUGUUUGGUGAAGGUCCACAUGCUCCCCACUACUUGUUCUCUGUUGAGUGACCCUGGUAGGAUGCUUCCCGUGACAUGUGCUUAACAGAUAAACUCGAUUAACGUUUAAUAAUGUGCAAAUCUAUCAUGUGCUAAGAGCGCGUGAAUUCUUUCUAAUGCUGCCACUUUCUCCGUCUCUUCUUGGCAGCCAGUAUAGGAGGCUGCAAACUGAACCAUUAAUUGGAAGGGUGGGGUGAGAGAAAUGAGAAAAUCAGAGGAAUGUUAUUUAAGUUGUGCCUUAAAAUAUAUUGGCCUUAAUAAGAGGGAAUUUGUGUCCCUGUGGUUUUAAGACUCAUUUCCAGAUGACACACCACCUGGGUGAGGUAGUGGAACAUUCCUCUCCACUUCACUCUCUCCUCUCUCUAGCCCAGCUCUGCUCAGUGAGGUGUACUAUGGAGACUUUCACAUCUGUUUCCACCUUAUGAUGAAGAGUCAUUGCUAUGAGUCUGUGAUUGGUAGGUAUGAACCGGACUAGAGAAAUAGUAUAGUUCUAAAAUUCUCCGUGGGAUAUUUUUUUCUAGGUUUGAAAAUGGGCCAAAUAUUUCUUAGAGUUACUCUGAUUUCAUUUGCUUAAAAAAAAAGUCAAAAUAAGAAAACCCCCUUCCGGAGCAGUUGUAUUUCCUUAAGAGAACCCUUGUGAACCUUUGCCUGAAUUAAAGAGGAUGCAAAUUUGCAGCAUGGAGACUUGUAGGUGAAAAUGGAAGGCCACAAGUUUCUAUAGCUUGUAGUGGCAAGGAUCAAAAUAAGCAAAAAGUACCUGACUUAUGCAAACAAGCUAACUCACAUUUUUGGUACAGAGAGGUCUUUCUACAUAGGAAACAGAUGGGGCCACAGGGGCAAGUUGGCAUCUUUGGCCUCACCCCCUGGAGGCGUAGCCAGGCCAUUCACUGCCCCCACACUUCUGGGGGAGCAGGCCAGGAUGGACAAGGCCCCCUACACCCUGUGGCCUGACUUCAGAGCUCCGGUCUAAGGAUCGCUUGGAUUAAAACACUAACAGCUUUUGGAUCCUUAACUAGAAGCCGUGGUUGACUGAAUGUUCUUAUUUUCAUAGGAAUGCCAAGUAGCAGGCCUUUGUAAAUGCAAAAUAAUCCAGCCACAUUUCAAAUACCAGGUCGUGGUAUAUUUCUCCUGUAGGACUGGUGCAUUUCUCCGCUGUUUAAUUAGCCUACUUGGAGGAUGGAAGAUUCAGAAUGUCAGCGAGUCGUGAUAAAGGACUGGAGUUGCUGUUUUAAGAAUGAUCUGCCCCAAAGCUCUCGGCUACUCUGACUAUAGCAACUUGCAUAAAAACUUUCUACAUUCUUGCCUUCUACUAAUCCUGUAAAGAAACCAGUACCAUACGACUUUGGCCGCAGCAAUACUGCUCUUUGGCGCCGCUCCCUUUAUUUCUGUGACUUGGGCCACAAUGCACACAUGGGGCCUUCUCCUUCCUGUCCACACGUAGCUGUCGAGUGGGCUAAAUGCAGCUCCACUUCCAAAUCCCCCAGGACCCCGAAACCACACAUCCCUCUGCGCAGUGUUCGGUGUGUUGUGGAGCGCCCAACUCGUCCCUAUAGGAUAUAGGCUGCGGUGGGAGAGCGCAUUCUAGGAAAGUCCAAACGUGACCGUCUUCCAGGUGUUUGGUCCGUGGAGGGGAGGGAUGAGGGAGCUGGGCUGGUGUUCUCUCUCCUGUAUUACCAUCACACAUAACUGUAAACAACAUGUGCCAUAAGGAAAUGAAGAUGUCCAGAAAAACCUCUGGUCACCAAAUGCCAUUAUUUUGAAGACAAUUUGCCAAAUGCGACAAAACAGUAAAGGAAGGUAGGUUAUCUGAGAUAAAUCUGCUCACUCCUGAGAAUUGUGGCACCAAAGAGUUACUCGAGAACCUUGCUGAAAAUAACCAUUUUUGUACUACUCUCAAUGCCUCGGAAGCUGGUAGAGCAGGGUUUGAGUGAAAAAAUUUGACAAGGUAGGACAUUAUUUUCUCAGGAGUAUCUAGAAUGUGUUCGAAAGGCAAGAUUUGUAGUUCGCAGGAAGAUGGCUGCUAUCCAUUUCUGUGAGCAACCCUGCUGCCAAGUUAGAAGGCUGGUAGAUGGUGACACAACCAGUUUUAUAGGAAGGAGUUUCUUACCAAAAAAAAAAAAGGCAAUAACAAAACCCAAACGUUUCCCAGUCUGUGUUGGAGAGAUGUUUCCACGUCCCACUUGAUAACUGCACAAGGCAGUAUUUUGCUCAGUGGUCUUGCUCAUUUCCAGUUCAUUUGCUUCUUUUUCUGGAACUUGUAGAGAAAUUUAGAGUGCAUGUAAAUUUGAGACUGACUGCCCUAAUGUCACAGUUUAUUUUUCAUUGUGAUGGAGUGGUCAUCUUACUGUAUGGGAUGGUAUCUGAGGGCUACAAUGGGAAUGGUUUGCUCCCCUUUAGUGAGCAAGUCGAGGGUGGCUGCGAAGGCUGGAGGGAGGCCUUGACCUCGGGACCUAAGGUGGACUGGAGGCCUUUGCUGGUCCCUCAGCAGCAGAAGCCCAGUGUCUUGGAUCCCAGAAUGGAUAAAUUUCCCAAACGGUGCUGUAGAAGUCUCUCAUUCCCAUGAAAUCCCUUCGGGAAGCAUGGCUACUUGUUGCCGUGGUUUACUGCACGGAAAAGUGUCCAAAUCUGGUAAAUAGGGAAUUUUACUGAAUUGUCCUGACUGUGGGACUGGACCUGCCAUUCAGUCAGGGAUCUGUGUUCUAUCACAGGUUCAUUGCCAGGAGCAACUUUUGGCAAUCAUGCUUUUGGAAAUUUUUCCUUACAUAUUUCUUUGUAGGGGAAACAAGCCUCAUUUCCCUAAACUUUCUAUCCACUUGGAGAUGCAGAUUCCUGACAAAUGGAAAUCAGAGGAUGGAACAUGAAAACGUAUGCCGAAUAUCCUAUUUUGGAGGAUUUGGUCAUGAAUUCCCACCCAUCCUUUGAAAACUCUGACUUUUCAGUGAUACUUAAAGAAAGCCCUCUCUACAUAUUCUUUGGCUGCAAGGGUUGCUGUAGAACAGGCUUGUUGAAGAAAAUUUGAUGGGAGGAGGGGAAGUUGAUCUGACAAAAUGAAGAUUUCCUUUGCAGCUGACAUCAUUCUUGCUUUGCUCAACUAGUUUCAUGUAUGAAGCACUUUAUCAAACUGCAGGAAUUAGUUAUUACUACAGCUGAUAAACUGGAAAUGUUUACAAAUGAUUACAUUCCAAAACUAUCGAAACCUAUAUAUGAACAAAUGUUAUUAAAAUGUAUUUUCAAGAAAUGUA